CUCGGCCGUCUAUUUAGUCGUUGGUCGUGCGCGCGCCAUGCUGGAUCGACAACGAUCGUUUUUACGUUGCUAUUGCGACCAAAUGUGUUCGUGUUUUCCUCAUCGACGCGUUAAUUAAACAGCCUCCUGGCUCGUGAACGAUCGUUGACAACGCCGGGGGGUUGGGGGGGAAACUCGGCGAGAAAAUCGGAUUAAUCAGACCAUAUAUUCCUCCGUUUUUGCAACUACGUACAGAACAUUGUGACUGUGAUGGAAAUCGCGAGUGUCGUUGAAACUAGCCUCGAUUCGAUGGAAACGUACGUAACUGGUUGUUAAGCGAAAAACCUAGUGUUGUGAAACGAAGACUGUUCUACGAAAUAUCGUCGCAACAAGGAAUUAUUAUACUAAAGUAUACGCGUAAAUAUUACUAAAAUUUCGGUGCCAGUUGAGUCCAAGGUUUCUGCGUUCAACUGUACUGAAACUGUGAAGAUUUUGUAAUUAAACCGAAGUUUGUAUUGAAGCUAUAAUUAAGAUCCGUGAAAUUAAAAAGUCAGCAAUUGGCUCAAACUAAAAUCGGAGAUUGUAAAAUUAUAUUUAAAUCGAAGCUUCUGUUAUCAAGACGGAGACGGUGAACCAAAGUUGUAGACCUUUAAAAUCGAAGGUUCUAAAAUUAGAUUUAAAUUAAAGCGUUUAAAAAGUCGGCGAACCAAAAGCAAAGUUCAUCUUAAAAUUGAGGAUUCUGAAAUUAAAUCACAAUCAACGUUUCUGUUAUUAAAAAAUCUGCGGGCCGAAAGAGUUGACCUUAAAACUGAAGGCUUCAUCACGCAACUAGAAUACGUUUUUCGGAGUUGAGAAACCAGCAGACCGAGGGAGUUGACCGGUGAUACUCGUUAACUCGGUUUCGAAGGCGAACGCGCCGGCUUGAUAAGCGUUAUCUGGCUGCAAUAAUUGCAGGCUGUGUAUUACGGUCGGCCAUUGUCGUCGAACGUGGAGGCUCCGUUGAGGCGAAAGCUGCUGACCGCGUGUGUCAACAGGUGAUACGAUCGCGAGAGACAAAAGGUCGAGAGAGUGGGACGUUAUCAAUCGAAUAGGAGUUUGAAUGAAAGGGAAAGAGUGCGUAGCGAGCUCGCAUGAAACGAGAGGAUAGAAUCAGAAAGAGGCUGAAUCGAUUGUACAGUGCGUUGUAGCGUUUGGUCAUGCGAUAAGGUGAAGCUUCGCGUGCGCCGCGAGAAACUAGAUAGAGUGAUAAGGCCGAAAGAGAGUGGAAAAGGAGUCUGGCGCCUCGUUCCUCGCUAAAGUGACACGUCGCCUUGGCCAAUAAAACGACAGACGGUCUAAACUGAACGGAAUCGGCAGCUGCUCUCCCGGUGUGCGCCUCGUACGUUGGCCCCGUCCGCUUUAAUUUCAGAUCCAGUCAGACAUAGCAUUAAAUCCUCGGUCAAAUAACCAGUGAAAAAAGUGAUCAGCAGAUAACGAGAAUCUUUUUUGGGGCCUUCCAAUUGCUUUUCCUUCUUUUUUAUUUUGGUUCGUUUAAGAAAAAGGCAGUUGGUGUUGUUUCUUUUCUUUAUCUUGGAUAUACGAGUUAAUAGUGAAACGAAGAUCGAAAAUAUCGUGGACGAUGACUGGACGAAACUGAUCGAAAGGGGAGAAAGAAACAGAGGAUUCGUCAAGAUGAUGAUGGCACCGCAGGUCGUGGGUGUCUUGUUGAAGAAACCGGGACAGCAGAACCACCCACGUUUUCCACCGUUGGACCCACAGGAAACGAAAAUCAGAGGCGAACUGUACGUGGAGGACCUAGGUGAGAGACGGAUCGUAUCCAUCAGAAUGGGAUGGCUUUGGGUCGAGGGUACUCCCAGGCUCCCGUUGAGGGCAUUGAACCUACGACAGGCAGCACCCAGCCUAUGUCAACCACACGCACUGGCUCUUGGGUUCACACUCAGCAACUCGCAGGGCCACACUCUCGCCACUUUUUGGGCGGAUUCAGAGCCCGUGUACUGGUCCUGGGUGAGAGCAAUCGCAGCAGAAUUGGUCAGGCAAACACCAUUUCGAGCCCAACGCUGUCUAAACUUCCUAGAAAUCCUGACCAUCUGUCCAAGGGGACCCGUUCCAUUACCCGACAGUCCCACAGAAUCCAGAAGACGUUCCAGAAGCGAGUUACGCUGCUGGACCAGUGACUCUCCCACAGAGAAAGAGCCUAGAACAACCACGACAAUCUUAGAAGAAUCCAGACGAAGAGCGAGAAGCGAGUUACGUGGUUGGUCCAGUAGUAACUCCAGCGACGAAGAUCUGUUAGGCGAUUUUCGAAGUAUUCCAACGAUAAUAACAAAGGACCAGCCGAUAACCAGAACCUGGGGCUGCAGCGAAAGCAGCGAGGGAAGUGACGACAGUCUUCCUUGGAGCGGCGUGUGUCGUUCCAGCGUGGAUUCCGUGGACUCAGCAGUGUCUAUUCCUGAACCAGAUACCAGAGAACAAAGGAUCCAAAGGUAUAAAGAAGCUAGAAGACGAGAGAACGAAGCUAGAAGUAGAAGAGUGCUAGAAGAAGAUGCUAGGAGACGAAAAGACAGAGCUGAAGAGAACAACAACGAUAUCCUAAAAUCUUAUGGUUCGAAAUCGAGGAGUAGAUUCUACUCUGGCAACGACAAUGACAGCUAUUGUCUAACAUCCAUAAAGAAGGACAACGAUAGUGGCUAUGAAACUUCUAGAUUAAAAAAUGAGAAGAACAUCAUCAUCAGAUUGCCUCCUGUGAAGCCUAACGAGUCUUCCUUAGUCAGAUUCGAAGACGAUCAUCGGAAUGAGGAUGAUAAGAGGAAUAAUAACAGUCCCAGAAAUGGUAACGCGAGUCCUGGUAUACUUAGAAUGGAUAUGAAUGAGAGAAGAAGUCGUGCAAGAGAGAGGAGGAGCAUCAGAGAGAAGAGUCAAUUGCUUCAAACACAGCAGUUUACUAAUACAACUGUAGAGACUCUUCAGGAACGCAAGGAACGAUUGGCCCAAUUAUCCUCGAGGAUUCCAGUGCCUCGACAAUUGUCGCAGAAUUCGAAACUCGUGGAGAAUUACAAUUCGACGGCUCUGCCUAGGUCGUCGACCUCUCUGUCGGUUCUGACCGAACCACCUUGCGAGGAAGACGUGGCCAGACUCUUGGAACGGUGUCAAAGGGUAGACCAUUACGUGCCAGUACGAGAGAAGCUGACUCUGUUCGAAUCUCUGUCUAGGCUAGGUGGUCGACUGGCUAGAAGCACCGAAGAUCUCGGUCGAACGUCUUCGAAACCGAGUCCCAGAGGGAAGCAACGUGCCCGAUCGCUUCACGAUCUCAACAGAGGAGCCAGGGCCGUUCCCGUCAGGGAAAUGUGUCGAUUCUUCGAGGGAGACGUUGAACAAGAUCAGAAUCAGAAGACUCCUCUUACCAAAACGAGGUUCAGUGACGCUGUGACACCUCCUAGAAGUACUACGUGGAAGGAUGCUGCGAGUUCCAAAGGCAACGACACGCCUCACAUAAGAUCUUCCACGAGAAAGAAACAUUAUUUAAAGUAAUGGUUGUGUUCGAGGUUCAUCUUUACAAGUCCUAGAUCCUCCUGCACAAUAACUUACUAACUGAUAAUAUUAAUGACUUGACAAGUAGCAAAUUGUUUUGCUUAUACACUUUUUCUUUACAAUCUUCCUUUGCAAUAUCACGUGAAAUGAUCAGAUGACUUGUGGAUUCGUAAAAUCUAAUUUUCUUUGUUAGCGAACAUGUUGCUGUUACAUAUGUAACUUACGAAGCUCCACUAAUAAUAUUAGUUCAAUUGUAUUAGAAGAUGGUGUCUUCGAGUUUUCGGUGUCCGAGGCUCUGAUAUGUCUCUGCUGAGAAAUUCUAUGUUCGAAAGCAGGCCUUUCAGAGGAACAUACUCUGUCCUAGAUUUGAGUGAUUAGAGUCACAGAGAAAUGCGCCCGAUCUGAUACUUCGAUUUCCGAUUCCGUAGAUUUACAGGUAUUAUAGACCGAAUCGUGAAGUUAGAAAGGAUCGAUAUCGAUCAGUUUAGACGCGAAUCCGCUCGCUUGACUGCGAUGGAUCGUCACACUCGUGUCGAGAGAAAGUCGCUGCCUGGAGCAGCUGGUUUUUUUGCUCUCCAGGAUUUGAACUGUGCUCGAUUCGAGGUUCCGAUCAGACGUUUCCACGCGACACGAGCAUCGACGAUGCCUGGCAAAGUACAGGAAGAAAUACAAGGUUUUUGCGAGCGCGGUUUUGUCAAUUUUUCUUAUUUAUUGUAUUUUCGUUCCGUUUUUUGUACAAGAUUCCCCAGAGCCUAGCGUAGUCCACGAACGUGAUUCGACGUCACGGAUAAAGAGCGCAUCGAAUCGAAAGAUGAGGAGGAAGAGAAAAAGAGAGGGAAUAGGAGAAACCGGUAAUUUCCAUUCACCAAGCGAUUCUCGCGCACGAAACACCUGCCGAAUGCAAGUCGAAGGCGGUCUUCGAUUUCUCGAUUAACCGACCAAGACUCGUGGAAUCGUUAAUGUCCGGAGAUACGAGAAUUACGAAUGAGAGAGUGAACCAUCCUGAGGAGUUUUACGUAUUUCGUUGAAUGGAAUGAGAGUUAAGUUCUUAAGAGUUCUUCCGGAAAGUUGCAAUUAUUAAGUUGUAUAAAUAGAUUAACGAAGUUUUGGAAACCGUAAACAGUUAGGGGUCCUUUAAUUUUGUACAUAAAGUAAUUAUAUUCAGGUUGUUCGAAAAAUUUGUAAAAAUGAAAUUCAACAAUGAUUGGAAAAUGAUGUAUUUGUAUAGAACUAGAAUUUUGUUAAAUAAUCUAUGCAUUGUUUCUUUUUGUGAUAAUAUUCUGCUAUUUAUUAAAUUAUUUUCCACCAGUUGUUUCAAAUGGUGUUUGAAAGAUUCUAAAGUAUUCUGUUUUUUGCCAUUAAAAAAGGUUUUAUAAAGAUUAGAAUAAAUGUAAAUGAUACAGGUGUAAUUGAACAUAUUAAUUGGAAUUAUUUAUGCUCAAUUAAAAUAAUUACUUUGUUUUAUCAUUUAUUAUCUAUUCUAUUAUCUCACAAAAAUUUCUAACAAAUGGUCAUCUUCCAAUCGUGAAAAGGCUACGAAUGUUUCAAACAACCUGACAUUUCCUUCCACGCGUACCUGAACGAAUAAAAUUCGCAUUUAAUUCACCCGUCGUUUGAUCAGCGAUGGCUGUUGUAAAUAAUUUAUUUAGUUAAAAAUCGGAAGCCGGGAGAACGUAGCCAGCUAUUGGUCGGAUCUCGAACAUCCGUUUCAACGAGUGGUGCGUGAACUAAUAUCGACUUCCGUUUGCUCUUCCAGUCGGGACGAACAUUUCCAUUCCUGUUUCUCCUCUGCUCUUCUCUCUUUCUCAUUCUUCUUUUUCUCUUUGAGUUCAACUAGGUCAUGCGAACGGCCCCUGAACCGUGUAUCUCGUGACUCUUUUCUUUUGUUCUGCAAAAAAAUAAUCGCAUUAGGAACCAAACGGAAAAAAUAGAAGAACGACUUUUAACGAUGACGAGAUUUUUUUCUCGAGACGAUUUCCUUCACCUGCAACCUAUCGAUUAUCGAUAACCACGAGAUAUAGAAUUAUCAUCGAGAAAUAGCGCUAACUAUAUAACGAAGUGCCAAAAAAGAAAAAGUGUUAUGUUGCUUUUGUCGAGAAGAAAUAUAAAAAUGUAUAGAAAAAUAUAAAUAAUUAAAUCUGUAUAUACUUAUUAAUUUUAAGAUUACAGAGAUCGAUAUAAUUUUUCUGUUUCGUGUCUCGGUUAUUUCAGAUCGCAGAAAAGUUACAUUAGAAUUACCUUUUAUGCGAUCUGCAAAGCGAUUAUUUAUUACAUGUGUAUAAAAAAUAUAUAUAUUAUUAUUAAGAUAUAGUUAUAUUGAGUUGGUUCUGUGAGAAUCGAUCGACUGAUGUUGGAUACGUUUCGACGAUAGUUUUAUACAGUAAAUUAAUUCUUCUAGGUAAAAUAGCCUUUCGCUAAUCAAAGGUCGAAUCCAUUUAUUUUUCGUAUCUUCGUAUACGCGUAUCACAUAGGAAGCCGUAUGUACGAUUGUGUGACAAUGUACGAUAAUUCGAAAAAUCAGUGUGCUUUGUGUAGAAACCUGUAAGCUGAUGGAAGUAUAAUGGAAAUAUGUGUACGACGAUUAACAGCGGGAAGAUUAAUUUAAACGACAGUGAAUUGAUCGAGCCUUGGUGAACUUUCGUAUUGCAAAUCUAAUCGAAAUUUUUCGUUGAUCAGCUAGUAAAUUUGUCGAGUCGCUUAUUAAAAACCGCAACUUCCAAAAACACUUUCCAAAGAGCACAAUAAAAUAUUAUAAAAUAAAUAACAAUUAUAAGACAAUUAUAACAAAAUAAUACGAAACAAUUGGAUAGUUUGUAGUAAAAUUUGUAAGAUACAAAUUGAACAACAUAUGGCCAGUCUUGUCACCAUCAAGUACCUCCACUUUUUAUAAAAGAAUCAUUCAUCUUUUUCCACAGUGAUUUGCUUCAAGUCUUAGAAGGAUUAAACUGUCUUAACAAUGGAAACAUUUUAUAAAAUGAACAAUAAAUAAUUCUGAUAAUAUGUCAUAUUUCGUGGAUAAGGUAAAUGAUAUUAAAUAUUCCAGCCAAAGUUCGAUAUCAUCUUGUUGAGAAACGAAACAUUUGUAAUUAAUUGGUUUCUUUUUCCAAUCAGAGACAACAUUUGUUCGAAUUAAAAAUUUCAAUACUUGAUAGAAAUUGAAGAUAAAUAAAAUUGUUCCCUAAUCCUAUCAACACAAUAAAGAAUAUAUUUACUAUCAAAAAGGCUACAAACUUUCCGAACAAUCUAAUAGGUAUAAUAAAAACGAAUGAAGAGUUCGAGGACAUAUAACGAAUGUAUAAAUAGGAUAUUUAUGUUCAGUAAUUGGUAACAUGAAAAAUUACAUUUCUAUGAUUUUCCAUAAUACAGAAUUUAAAGAGAUAUUUUUUGUACUUAAAACGAUUUUCAAAGUUUUAUUUUAUUUUUAAUUAUCGAACGAUGAUUACAUAUUAAAUUUAAUCAAUAAUAAAGAUGUUCUCUAUUUAUACACUCGCAAUGUGCACCGAGGGAAUAGUUAACCUGCAGUAAAACAACCUCCAGCAAGGCUCGAUCGUUUUCGCGUCAGCAAGCCGACGACCGUGUUCAGGGUGUGUCCUGGCAACCCUCUGUGCCCGGAUGUCUUAUCUCCUUAUUCUUUCGCUCGCGAAUAAUAGCCGCGCAUGCACGUCGAGAGGAAACACGUGCAGAGCUCGUCUGUAAAAAUGUAGCAAUUGAACGCGGUAGGGCGAACGUGAGAAGUCAUCCGGGCAGUGAAGGGGUUGUUGCCGGAAAAAAGUGGAAAAACUCGGAGCGGACGUUGUUCCGCGGAAACACACUGGCAGCCUGUAAAACCGGUCGAUCGCCAAAGAGUCCUCUAGUCCCUGGUCGGAGAAAUCCGAAAAGGCUGUAUACAUGUAUCCCCUAUACGGGGCUGCGUAACAGAAACCCCCAUAAAAAAGAGAGAUCAUCCCUGCAAUACAUACGAUCCUAUAGUGGCUGAAGUAUUCGUUGUCCUAAAUAAUGAUAACAAUAAAUAUUAUAAUAGAAGAACAGACACAACUCCGGCGGAUUUGUAUGUUACGUUUGUUGUAAUAAAAAAGGACGAAUAAUGGCCGUUACAUAAAAGUGAUUGUCGUUAGAAAGUGGACGGGGAGAAGGCCUUGGCACUUCUCGUGCACUCCAUAGCUUAUACUUUUAUACUUCGUUCUAUUCCCCCAUCAACUGCUCUCGUGUUCUUUUACACGCUCUUCUUUUACGAACACCCACGCGAUUUUCCUUCUUUCCAUCUGGGUCCGCGACCAGCCACGCGCUCCGCUAAUUAGCGCGUGUUUUCGUAAGAUCGCGAGCGAAGAUUAGCAGGUCUCUUGAGGUGAACUUUAGAGAAGGAGAGGAGACUUGUGUAACCAUCGACACUGUAAAAUUAUUGUAUCUCUAGCACGCUCCUCUAUUACAAUAGGAAAGUGGAAAAUUCCGAGAAACGCCUGAGGAAGGAAGAUAGAAAUCGAGAAUUACUCUUGAUGGAAUAUAAUGAAGUCACGAUUAAAAUAUUAAA